AUGGGUAUCAAACAGCUUUUCUCCAUCAUCAAGGAGGAAGCUCCCGAGGCUAUCAAGGAAGGCGAGAUUAAGCAGCAUUUCGGCCGCAAAGUCGCCAUUGAUGCGUCGAUGAGCAUCUACAGCUUCCUCAUCGCAGUACGCUCCGACGGCCAGCAGCUCACGAACGACACGGGCGAGACGACAUCGCACUUGAUGGGCAUGUUUUACCGGACGCUACGCAUGGUGGACAAUGGCAUCAAGCCGCUCUACGUGUUUGACGGGGCGCCGCCCAAGCUCAAGUCGGGCGAGCUGGCCAAGCGCUUCCAGCGCAAGCAGACGGCGCUGGAGGGGCUUGAGGAGGCCAAGGAGACGGGCACGGCCGAGGAUGUUGAGAAGUUUUCACGCCGCACGGUCCGAGUUACGCGCGAGCACAAUGCCGAGUGCCAGCGGCUGCUCGCGCUGAUGGGCAUACCGUUCAUCGUGGCGCCGACCGAGGCCGAGGCGCAAUGCGCGGUGCUUGCCAAGGCCGGCAAGGUGUUUGCGGCGGCUAGCGAGGACAUGGACACGCUGUGCUUUGACUCGCCGAUUCUGCUGCGGCACCUGACGUUUAGCGAGCAGCGCAAGGAGCCGAUCCAGGAGAUUCAUCUGGACAAGGUUCUUGAGGGCCUGAACAUGGAGCGGAAGCAGUUCGUCGAUCUCUGUAUCCUCCUCGGCUGCGAUUACCUCGACCCAAUCCCCAAAGUCGGCCCCACGACCGCUCUUAAACUCAUACGCGAAUACGGCACCCUCGAGAAGGUGGUCGAGGCCAUGCAGAAUGACUCGAAGAAGAAGUACAUCAUCCCCGAGGACUGGCCGUACGAGGACGCGCGCGAUCUCUUCUUCUCGCCCGACGUGCGGCCGGCCGACGACCCGCUGUGCGAUGUCAAGUGGGACAAGCCCGACAUGGACGGGCUGGUGAAGUUCCUGGUGGGCGAAAAGGGCUUCUCCGAGGACCGGGUGCGCAGCGGCGGGGCGCGCCUAGAGAAGAACCUCAAGAGCUCGCAGCAGGCGCGCCUAGAGGGCUUCUUCAAGGUGGUGCCCAAGACGGAGGCGGAAAAGGCGGCGCACAAGCGCAAGCUGGACGAGAAGAAUGAGGAGAAGAAGAAGAAGCUCAAGCAGGAGAAGAAGGACAAGGCGGCCUCCAAGGGCAAGCCAAGAGGAGCGUGA